CGCUGUGACGUGUUGUGCAGGUGAGUGAGCGCUUUGCUCAGUACAUCGACCAGAUGAUCCAGGCGAGCGGAACGGCGUCCGGCAGCGUGGAGACUCUGGAGCGGCUUCAGCAGUUUCUGGAGCCGAUGCUCUUCCUGUCGGGCCUGGAGCUCGCCAACACCUUUGAACACUUCUACAGGUACUACUUAGGCGACCGGCUGUUGGCUCAGGGCAACGUGUGGCUGGAGAGCGCCGUCAUCGAUCAGAUCGGCAGCUGCUUCCCGAGUCGCUUCCCUCAGCAGAUGUUGAAGAACCUGAGCGAGUCGGCGGAGCUGCAGCAGGAGUUUCACCUGUACCGCCUGCAGCAGCUGGACCGCUGCCUGCAGGAGCACGACCAGACGAUGGAGGAGGUGUGGGCGGAAUCAGAGGAGGAGGCCGAGAUCCAGGUUCUGGUUCUGUCUCCUCGCUGCUGGCCCGUGUCCUCGCUCUGCUUCCUGGACGACCCCACCAAACAUUUUCCAGCUGAACUUUGCUCCUACCUGAACCAGUUCACCCAGUUCUACACCCACAGUCAGUACCAGUUCACCCAGUUCUACACCCACAGUCAGUACCAGUUCACCCAGUUCUACACCCAGUCAGUACCA